AUGGCAACAUAUAAACACUUAUGCUCAACAAAUAAAACGCAGAUGCACGAAAAUUGCCUGCCGGGUGCAGAGAGCUGGUGUAAGUGGCGCGUAGCUGAAACUACCGGAGAUGCUUUUGACCGACCUGCCCCACUUCAUCCAGAUGUUCAAAAACAUUUACUACCUAUAUACAAAGAUUUAUCUAAAGAUGAACUUCUGCAACGAUGUUUGGGCGGACACUCGCAAAAUGUCAAUGAGAGUUUCAAUUCGACUGUUUGGCGUUUGGCUCCAAAACAUUUACAUUGCGGAAUUCAAACUGUGGAAAUAGCAGCAUAUAUUGCUACUGGAGUUUUCAAUGAAGGGUAUUUUGCCAUCUUGAAAAUUAUGGAUGUGUUAGAAAUAAGGAUAGGCUUACACUGUAAUCAAUACGCGGAUACGUACGACGCAGCGCGGGUAAAGCGCCAGGAUCGAAGAAGCUUCAGCAGCUCGAAAGAAGCCCGAACUGCUCAAAGAGAAGCCAGGAGCAGCCAGCAGCAGUUUUAUGAAGAAACAGAAGGGCUCCUGUAUGGUGCUGAUAUCGCUGAUUAG